AUGUCAUCCCUCUCUCUUCGCGCUUCCAAGCGAUUCAAGGCCACUCCACCGACAUUUACACCAUGGGUCUGCCACGCCUGCCGUCAGCGCCGCACAUUCGCCUUCACCACCCCCUUCAACCAACAACAACCACCACCACCUCAGCAGCAACAACAAGAUGACAACCCAACGCACUUCGGCUUCGAAACCAUCUCGUCCUCCCUCAAAGCCUCCCGCGUUGGCGCCGUCUUCUCCUCCGUCGCCUCCAACUACGACACCAUGAACGACCUCAUGUCCCUGGGAAUCCACCGAUUAUGGAAAGACCACUUCGUGCGGAGCUUGAACCCUGGCAUAAGACCCACAUCCGGCAAAGAGCAGGAAGGUCAGAGAAUACUAGAUAUCGCAGGCGGAACAGGGGAUAUCGCACAACGCCUCCUCGACCACGCCACAACCAUCAACGGGGAUACAAAGACGCACGUCACCAUCUCCGACAUCAACCCCGCCAUGCUGUCCGAAGGCCGCAAACGCUUCGCCGCCUCCCCCUACACCACCGCCGACCGCGUAGACUUCCUCGAAGCCAACGCCGAAACCCUGCCCACCAUCGAGUCCAACAGCAUAGACCUCUACACCGUCGCCUUCGGCAUCCGCAACUUCACGCACAAAGACGUCGCCCUCAGGGAAGCCUUUCGCGUCCUGAAACCCGGGGGCGUAUUUGCUUGUUUGGAGUUUACUCCGCAUCUAAAUAACUCGUUGCUGGAUGCGGUUUAUAAGCGCUGGAGUUUCGGGGCGAUACCGUUGAUUGGGCAGGUGGUGGCCGGGGACAGGGAGAGUUAUCAGUAUUUGGUUGAGAGCAUUGAGCGAUUUCCACGGCAGGAGGAGUUUAGGGAUAUGAUUAAGGAGGCGGGGUUUAUGGUACCGGGUGGUGGGGAGGGAGAAGGGUGGGAGGAUUUGAGUGCGGGGAUUGCGGCGGUGCAUAAGGGUGUCAAGCCUGUGUGA